AUGUCGUACGUCCUCGUGAGGAUGUUCCAACAGUUGGGAUCGGUUGAGUCUGGGCAAAAGGAGGAGCAAUAUCAAAACUGCAAUAUUGUCCUUUCUCCAGGCACUGGUGUUCCGGUUUCAUUCAAGCCGGCUGGGUUCCCCUAA